GCAACGCCGGCCCUGUACAACACUACACAUUAAGUGCAAAUUUUUUUUUUUAUAGGCCAACGUGAUUAAAUUUAGCGUAUUUCCGCGGGAUACAACGACUUUUGCAGUCGUUAAAUUGGGACAGAGCACAGCCGGCAGCAGUCGGUCCAGAGAUCAACCAGGAGGAGAUCCACACCCAGGCAGGCAAGCCCAAAGAUCAGCCCGGAGAUCAUCAUGCCACGAGGAAAGUUCGUCAACCACAAGGGUCGCAGUCGCCAUUUCACAUCGCCCGAGGAACUGCAGCAGGAAUCGGAGACGGACAGCGACCAGACCAGCGGCUCUGGCUCAGAGAGCGAGGACAAAGGUGGCGCGGGCGGCGGAGCAAGUUCCUCCACCAAAACCAAGGCGCCCGCACCACGUAAAGUCCCCCAGAAUCGCAAUCAAAAGGCGCGAUCGACGGCGGGCGCUGGGGCCAGUUCCUCGGAAUCGGAGUCUGGCGAGGAUUCCGACGAUGACUCCGAGGGCGAGGCGCGCGACGCCAAGAAGGGUGUGGCCUCGCUGAUCGAAAUCGAGAAUCCCAACCGGGUGACCAAGAAGGCCACACAAAAGCUAUCGGCCAUCAAGCUGGACGAUGGGCCAUCCGAGGCCAAGGGGGCAGGUGCCCAUCCCAAGCCGGAGCUGUCCCGAAGGGAGCGCGAACAGAUCGAGAAGCAGAAGGCGCGCCAACGAUACGAGAAACUCCAUGCCGCUGGCAAAACCACCGAGGCUAAAGCCGAUUUGGCCAGGUUGGCCCUGAUCCGGCAGCAACGCGAGGAGGCGGCCGCCAAGCGGGAGGCGGAGAAGAAGGCAGCCGACGUGGGCACCAAGAAGCCAGGUGCCAAGUAGAGAAUCCAUCCUUAAAACCUUCCCCCUGGAUAACAAAACCUAUAGAGCUCUCAGUCCCUCAAAAAACCCUUCGAAAAAAACAGGGCUAUUUGGCAAUUAGUUAAGCAUAAAUUAACGUAAAUCAAGGACAUCAAAUCCACGUACUUUCAAAAUUAUUCAAGUUUUCUAAGCCUGUCUUUUGUAACUGCAAACUAUACAAAAAUAAACCAACUUAUUGUAAAAUACAAA